GCUUGGCUAACACCACUUUUCAUAAAACACUAAUCUUAAUUUCAAUUUAUGAUUAUCCUUUAUCUUUACUCAAAACGUGUUCACUUGCUUAUGGAGUUAAGUUUCCCUUUAAAUCUCGUAACACGUAACAACCACAAACACCAGCACAUUCUUAUCCCCAAAACAUGUAGGCUAAGCACAGUAUGUAAGAUUCAUAGAGCUGAGUCCUUAGUUGCAAUUUCCAAGUUGAACCACUUCUCAUCCCACCUUAACUUGAAUGUUGUGGUAGAGUGCUUUUGGCCUGAAAAGUUGCGCUUUCAACACAGUCCAAUCACCGUUGCUUGCAGUCGCUAUGCCGACAAUGUCAUGGGCUUUGCUUAUCUGAUCUGCUGGAUCUUCGUUGCGUCGUUACCCGCGGCGGUCUUGUUGUCUCUCCUACCUGUGUUGAGCAGGCGAGUUCUCACUGUAGCUCUCUUCACGACAACAGACACAGCUGUUCACUCCACCAAGGCUGGGCCCCCUAGUGGGGACGUUAACUCCAACACCUGGCCCUACCUGGCUGCAGCGCUGGCCACCGCCCUGACCAUCUCCCUGUUCAUCGUGGUGGCCGUCAAGUGCCGCCUCUUCCACCGCUACCUAGCCAGCUACCGCCACUCGUUGCUCCCCGAGGGGGACACAGCCAGCCAGCACAGCCCAGACGAGGUGACCUUCCCUGGGCACGGCAUGGUGGGCAGAGGAGGUGGAGGUAAUGGGACCCACCGAGGGUUGGAUACUGAUGACGACGAUGGCUUCAUAGAGGAUAAUUACAUCCAGGCCAGCGAGAGGGCGAGGGCAGAGAGUCACGAGGACGAAGGGAUGGAAGGAGAGGUGGUGGAGGAUAGUGAUGAUGAUCUUCAGUUCACCAUUGGGUGAUUUUAGGACUGGUUGAAAAUGAUUAUUUACAGUUGAUUGGGUGACAGUGGUGGGUUCACUUCACAGAAUCCCAUGCUGUCCAGACCAGACCUGGGUUCAUAUAAUAUUUGUUUGCUUUCAGAUGCUUCAGCUGUGCUUAAUUAAGCUUGUGUGUCACCCUAAAGUGAAAAAACCCGCCCUCCAGGUGAAACAGGCACUCCAGGCAGUCUCAAUCAAACACUCAACAUAUUUGAAAGAAAACUAUUACUAUUUGAAUCCUGGUCUGGUGAGAAUAUGUUGAAAGAUGAAAUAUACUGAGAAAUGAUCAUGGUCCCAUUUUAAACAAACAACAACCUAUUAAGGCUUUAUAGAACAUUCAUAAAAUCUUCAUAAAUACUACACUGAACAAAAAUAUAAACACAACAUGCAACAUGCGCAAUUGAGUUACAGGAAAUCAGUCAAUUGAA